AUGGACAAUCUAAGUGGAGCAGUCAAUGGCGUCUUCCAAGCUGGUGGUCUAAUCGGAGCUUUGGCUUCUGUUUCCAUUGUUGAUACAUAUGGGAGGCGAACGGGACUAUGUCUAGCUUCAGUAUUAGCCGUAAUUGGAGGGGCCCUACAAGCUGGUGCUACUCAUAUAGCAAUGUACAUUACGAUGCGCCUGAUCUCGGGGAUUGGGGUGGGUGAGUCGAAGGGCUUAUUCUUGAGGAUCGAAGCUAACUACAGUGUUCUCUUUUUAUUAGGAGCUCUUAUCACGCUCGUGCCGUUGUACUUGGCCGAGGUAGCGGCAGCGCAGAUCCGAGGGCGCGUUGUUGGUACGACUGGAAUUAUGAUCGGCGUUGGCUAUGCAGUAGCCAGCUGGAUAGGAUUUGGCUUUUACUUCGUCGAUGCAUCUAACACGCAAUGGCGCAUCCCAAUGGCAAUACAGUUUAUCCCUCCUCUUUUACUAGCUGUGGCAGUUUGGUGGCUUCCAGAGUCUCCUCGAUGGCUCUUACUCAAGGAUCGGCUGGGUGAAGCUCACUUGAUGUUCAAGAUGGCACACUCCGCAUCACAUGAAUUGGAAGUAGACGCCGCCGUCAACCAAGAAUUCCAGCUCCUCCGCUCGCAGAUACUUCAAGAGAAGCGCAACGCUGUAGGUUUUAAGGAUCUAUUCCUUGAUCCCACUCUGCGCAAGCGGACUCUGCUCGACUUUCUCACCCUGUUUGGCGGGCAAGCCGCAGGAACUCAGGUUAUCAACAAUUACGGGCCAUCAUUAUGUGCUGGUCUUGGAUACAACACAACAAAUACCUUUCUCAUGCAAUGCGGCUGGAUUACCACCGUCAUAUUCGGAAAUAUCAUCAACACUGUGUUGUUGGACAAGUUUGGUCGAAAACAGCUUCUCAUUGUAGGGUUCCUGGGUUGUGUGGCCCUUCUAAUAGGGGAAUGUGUUUCUGUAUCCCAGUAUCAGAGCACUCAGUCUCACUCUGCCGCUGUGGCAGCCGUUUUCUUCCUUUAUCUGGUAGUGGCGGUAUAUUCAUCUACGCUCGAUGCAACAGUUUAUGUGUAUCCUUCGAAAUUUUCCCGACGCCCGUUCGAGCUAAAGGAAUGGCUGUCUCGGUGGCCGGUCUUUUUCCUUGCAUCGAUUCUUAUAUUGUCGGCUGCCCCCACCGCGUUCGAACAAAUCAAGUGGAAAUACUUCCUCGUAUUUGUGGAUGCUAGCUCUGCUAUGGUGCUUGUGGUGAUCCUUCUAUUUCCAGAGACUAAACAAAAGACCCUUGGAGAGAUAUCUGCCAUAUUCGGAGAUUAUAGUCCAGAUCCUCAGGACGCAGAUAAGGGACAGCCUUCGGUGAUCCAAGCCGAAGACUCUACGACCACUCACCAAGAAGAAGUACUGAAGGUCUAA